AUUUUUCCUUAGCUGAUUUAAUUUCUUUUUUUUUUUGUUGUUGUUUCCUUGUUACUUUGCUACAUAUACGCAAUAUAAUCAAAGCGUUAAGCCAAGAAAGAGGCAGCUAUAUAUGUAUAUAUAAAGUCGCAUAAAGUUGAUUGUGUUCUGUUGUGUGUUUGUGAGCGAAACAGCAAGAGUUUUGAGUUCGUUGUACAAAUUUAAUAUUUUAAACACUUCGGUAACGAAGAACUCGACAGUCUACUUUUGAAAUUUGUUGUGUUAGCAUCGUCGUUUCGGUGAAGCGUGCGUAAAAAAAAAAGAUUAAGAAAAAAACGACAACUAUUAGCAAUUUAAAUUUAUUUAUUCAGAAAAUAUAUUUUAAUUGACGAAAACAACUAAUUAUAAAAAUGUCGGCUGUUGAAACUAAUAAUGGAGAUUUAGCAGUGGAGAAGACUGCCGGCGAUGCCGUUGACGCUGCUGCCGCAGUCAAAGAGGAUUUAAAGAAACCUGCAGUUGAAGAGACUUCAGCAGCAGCUACCGCUGAUAAUGGCAACGCCAAGGAUGCGGAGGCCGACGAAGAUGAGGGUACUGAAACAGCACCGGUUAAAGAGGUUAAAGGAACAAAACGUCCGGCAGAGGCUAAAUCGGCUGAUUCUAAGAAAGCAAAGAAAGAAAAGGCUGCUCCCGCUGAUGGUGAAUCAGAGGAUGAAGAAGUUCUAGAAGAAAUUAUGGAGGAGGGAGACAGUGAAAUAGAAAGUGAUGAAUAUGAUAUCCCUUACGAUGAAGAUGAUAUUGAGUGCGACGAUGAGGACGAUGAAAAUGAUGAAGGAUCAGGAUCCGAUGAUCAAGCGUAGGUCGACGGGAAGUAGUCGUAGUCAAUAUCAUGAUUUAAUAUAUAAUAAUAAAAACAAAAAAAAACCC